GUUGCAGUUAUUAUUAGUGUCUGCUGGUUCGCCGGAACCGUCGUCGGUUUUCUUCCGUUGAUGGGUUGGCACAAGGGACCCGCCGAAAACGGAAGAUGCUUCUUCCUCGGCGUGAUGGAGUACGAUUAUCUGGUUUUCCUCUACGUCGGUACGAUAAUCACGCCGGCCUUGCUUCUGCUCGUCUUCUACGCGCACAUCUACCACGUGGUGUUGAGACAGUUGAAGAGGAUUGUGACAAUAGAUCCGGGUAGCGGUUCCAAGGGUCGUUCUUCCGGUGGUACGAUGUUGCGGAUGCUGGGUGCGGCGCAGAAGCGCGAGGUGAAGGCAACCCAGAAUCUGUCCAUCAUCGUGCUGUUCUUCAUGAUCUGCUGGAUCCCCCUGUACACGAUCAACUGCACCCUGGCUUUCUGCAAAGAUUGCAAAGUGAACUCGACGCUGAUGCUGCUCAGCAUCAUCCUCUCGCAUCUGAACUCCGCCGGCAAUCCUCUGCUCUACGCUUAUCAUCUGCGCGAUUUUCGAGCCGCCCUCAAAUCGUUCAUCUGCGGCCUCUUCGGCAUCGGAGUAUCGGCGCCGCCCGCCACCGCCAACAACAACAACUUCUCGCAUUACCGUCUGCAGAGCUUGAGGGAGGCGGGAAGCAAUAUGUCCUUAUCGAGGAAUCGUCUGAUCGCGGAGAAGAGGUCACCGCUGCCGCCGCCACCGACGCCGCCUCCUUCUAAAUUGUCGGCUCUGAUGAACAAUUCUGUGGCGGCGUUGGCUGCGGCCGCUUCCGACGGGGCCAGAGACAUCUGGCGGAUAAGCGAGAUAUCGGAAGGGGACAACAGGUGCAGCAGCGUGAUCAAUCGCGUCGACGAGGAGGACAUCGACGAGGACGGUGAGGACGACGUGUUCUUGGACGUGGAGCCGAGACCGCCGGAGGAGAAUCUCAUCAUACCGUCGGUCACCGUGCAGAGGAUGAACAAUCUGUCGACGUCGUCGCCGCAGCUCUCGAGGAAUCUCUUCCUCGUCGAAACCGAGAUGAACGAGUGCCGAUGUCGACCGGCCUUCAUGCGCAGCGUCAGCAACGACAACAGAGAGGCCAGUCUGAUCGUCACCGGCGAUUUCAUACACAGUCCCGCCAAAAGCUUGAAGCUGAGCCCUUUCAAAGUCGUUGGGGAACUGCUGAAGACGGGAAAACAUCCGAGGAGUUGCAGCCUCAGCGACGAUCCGGACAACUCGAGACCGAAGAACGGAUACAUCCCAGAGAAUCAUUCCUCCGGGUACUGACUCUACUCAACACUCACUCAUCCAUUACAAUCGUACAACAAGUGUUCUAAACUAGUCAUCCAGAUCAUAUCAAAGUAAAGACAAACAACGCGAUACUCCCCAAGUACUUGACAAGUAUCACGUAAUUAUGUUUACUCAUACAAUCCUACACGCUUCACUCUUCCGAUCCCUCCUGACCCCAAAGAAUUAACGUUGCGCGACUGAAACUUUUAUCUAGUGAACUAAUUGUUACCAUUAAGAUUAAUAAUAAUAUAAAUAUAUUUUACUACCUUCAGAUACAAAAAAAGCAAACAAGAGCAUCACAUUUUUAUCCACAUAUUCUUCUCUCUCUAUCUCUGAUAUUUUUGCUAAUUAUACAUAGAUGUACAGACAAGAAAUUAUA